AGUCUUGUACCAUGUGACCUCUGUGAUCAUUCACAGAUUUCACACGUAGUAAGCAAUGAUGUCGCAAGUGACAUCUUGCUUACUACUUUGCAUGUGAUCACUGAUUGGCCAAUCAGUGAUCACAUGAUCGGGACCUCGUAUAGAAGUCCUGUCCGACGAUCAGUGUUCCACAGCGGGCACCGGACCGUGGUGCUGCGCACUCACAGGGAGCGCGCACAAGCAGGGUGCGGGGAGGCCAUUUAUAAACGGCCACCCGACCCUGCACUGCCACCCUGGUGGUUGUUUAGAAACGUCCUCCUGCAUUCCCUGCCUGUGCUCGCUUCCUGGGAGAGUGCGGCACCACGAACCAAUCGCUGUACGGGACCUCUGUGUGAGGUCCCGAUUCAUGUGAUCACUGAUUGGCCAAUCAGUGAUCACAUGAAUAGUAGUAGUAAGCAAGAUGUCACUUGCUGACAUCAUUGCUUACUACUAGUGAAAUAUGUGAAUGAUCACAGAGGUCACAUGGUUAUUCACCACCGCCUUGUACCAUGUGACAAGCUGUGACUAAUCAUAGCUCCC